GAAGAAAAAGGACCAGGAGAAGAUUGCGGAUAUUAUAUAACAAUUGUUUGCCUCCAGAAAAAAACAACGAAUUAUGCCCAAACUAUGGAAAUAAACAUGUGCUAGAAUGUGUUAUCGUUCGACAUUGGCUGUCUUCGGUGUCUUCUGUUGUGUCGCCGUCUUCAUGGCACCAGGACUGUGCUGUCUGUCAAAGGAAUAUGCAACGACGGAUAUGCAAUGUUGUCCCAUGUGUCACAAAGGUACAGUUGUUCGUAGAGACUGCACUCGUCAGUUAGGCACAUGGUGCAUCUCCUGUGUGAACGGGACUUUUAUGAACCAACCCAAUGGCCUGACUAAAUGUUUCCCCUGCACCCCCUGUGACCAAGGUCCUGGUCUCUUUGCCCAACAGGGCUGCACAGGAACAAAAGACACAGUUUGUGAUGUUGUCAGUGGAUAUUUCUGCAAGACCUUGAUGGAUGAAACAGGAUGUAGUUUGGCACAAAAACAUACUUCCUGUGACCCCGGUCACAGGAUGAAAAGGCCUGGAACCAGCAGAACGGACACAGUGUGUGAAAGUUGUCCACCAGCCUAUUUUUCACUGGAGGGUGUGAAUUGCACGGUUUGGACUACGUAAGAAUUUGUUUGUUAAGGAAUGUCUCUUUUCCUGCCCUGUGGCACAAAAUGACCUGUGUGUGUGUGUGUGUGUGU